CUACGAUUGAUACCCUUUACUCACAAAGUCACGAUACCCGCACACCUUUGCGCCCACCAUGCCGCCCCGUAAAGCUUCGUCGUCGUCGUCGAAGCCACGUACGGCAAAGACGACGACGGCCAUCGCGUCUACUGCCCCACCUUCCCAGUCGGACAUGCCUAGCACUGAAGCACACUUGGGUCUCAUCAUCGAGUGUCUCACCUUCAAUCCUAGAAUUUACAUCGAUGGACUCACUCAUUUAGCAACCGAGGGAGUGUAUGAGCGGGGUCUGGAGCUGGAGAAGAGUAUACUGGCUAUUCUCAAGGAAAAGGGAGUCGCAGACGCGGAGCACGAGGCGGAGAGGGGAACACACAAGAUGAAGACGCUCAUCGACAAUUGUCUCGAUCAUGUCUUCGAUACGCUCGAGCUCUACUCGUACAAGCAAGUCUUCGGCAUUACCACACGGCAGGCAUCCAAUAUGGUCUUGCCGCACCACGCCGGCUUGGAUCUGCGGAGGGGGGAGGGAGACGAUCAUGAGCGGGAGAGUAGAGAGCUGGAAGAGAGACAGAGGGAGCUGACGAGGAAGCUCAAUGCGGCCAAAUCCACCUCACACGCCCUGAACCUAGCACUCGAAGCCUCAACCCGUCAAAUGAAUCGAGCUCGCUCCGUACAUUCCAAGCUUGCCUACCUGCUAGGAGACUACGCCUCCGAAGAGACCGGCGGCAUCCAGGCCACUGUACAGCACCUAGUCGACGCGAUCCAGAUCAUCAGGUCACAGCGCUCUCCCCUGCUCAUCAAUUUGGAGGAGCUCAGAGCAGUGGACCCUCUGGGCAAGGCGCUCAUUCAUUCCACAUCCUCCCUUGCAAGUGGUAGCGAGCCAGAGGACAAAGCCGGUAUUGCCGGAGCUGGUGCUGGUGCAGGAGCAGGAGCUGAGGAAGUAGAACCAUGGAGCGCAGGAAGGGAGGGGUACCUCCGCUGGCAGACACAGCGUAUGCUUUCCUCCAGUCGUAGAUCCAUGGGCGGAGCAGCAGCAGGGUACGAAGGCGGAGACACGACUCUGGGAGGUUCUGGGGGAGACACUUCCAUGCUUGCUUCUGGCAAGGGAAGGAAGAGGAAGAGCGGCAUGGGUACAGGCGCAGACGAGAGUAUGACCUCGGCGGCAAGGAGGGGACGGCCGAGCGUGGCGCUUCAUUCUACCGACGAUGGUAUGGAGGGGGAAGAGGUGGGCAAGACGGGCGAGAUGGAGCGUCUGGCAAACCUCAUGUCGCACCGCCCCACAAGCGCAGCAAAGGGCUCGGGCGAUCUGAAGCGCUCUUGAACCUCGUAGCGUGUAUGCUGUUCUUGCCUUUUGCGCGAGCGAAUCUGUAAUUCUAAGUGACGACCAUGUUCAUGCCACAAACAUGUUUGUCUCCCUUGCGAGGGACUGACUGCCUCCAUCGCACGAUCCCGACUUGAGGAGACGCUAGUCUAUGAAAUCUGUCGACACUGAAGGUCGUAUGGAGUGACCUCCAUCGCGGUACAGAUUAUUCAUGAUGUAUGUCGACUGAUCGAGCGGCUGAAAUGAGGAGACGGCCCUUGCGAGGGAAGAACCGAGUCGAAUUGCUGCAGAAGAUAGUGAUUAUUAAGUACAGGUCGAGAGAUGGAGAAAUACAGAGGGAGGAAGAGAGUGACGGUUCAUAGUUCAGAGAUUUACGAG